CCCACCAGCCGCCCCCCGGCCAUGACGGAGGCGGGCGCCGCCGGUGCCGGGGAGCGCCCGGUUUCCAGAAAGUAGCUUGAUGAGUGUCCAAAGUAGCAGUGGAAGUUUGGAGGGGCCGCCAUCUUGGUCCCAGCGCUCCACGUCUCCAAGCCCGGGCUCGGCGGCGGCCAGGUCCCUGCUGAAUCACACGCCGCCAUCGGGGAGGCCCAAGGAAGGUGCAAUGGAUGAGCUUCAUAGUCUGGACCCAAGAAGGCAAGAAUUGCUAGAGGCCAGAUUUACAGGAGUUGUGAGUGGUAGCACUGGGAGUACUGGAAGCUGCAGUGUUGGAGCAAAAGCCUCAACAAACAAUGAAAGUUCAAAUCACAGCUUUGGAAGCUUGGGAUCUCUAAGUGACAAAGAAUCAGAGACUCCAGAGAAAAAACAGUCAGAGCCAUCCAGAGGAAGAAAGAGAAAAGCCGAAAGCCAGAGUGAAAGCAGUCAAGGAAAAAAUAUUGGGGGACGAGGUCACAAAAUUAGUGAUUAUUUUGAAUACCAAGGGGGGAAUGGUUCAAGUCCAGUAAGAGGCAUACCUCCUGCAAUCCGUUCACCUCAGAACUCACAUUCACAUUCCACCCCUUCCUCUUCUGUACGUCCAAAUAGCCCUUCUCCUACUGCAUUAGCCUUUGGGGACCAUCCUGUCACACAACCAAAGCAGUUAUCAUUUAGAAUUACUCAGACUGAUCUCACAAUGUUGAAAUUAGCUGCACUAGAAAGUAAUAAAAAUCAAGACCUGGAAAAGAAGGAAGGUCGAAUAGAUGACUUGCUCAGGGCUAACUGUGAUCUUAGAAGACAAAUAGAUGAACAACAAAAGCUACUUGAAAAAUAUAAAGAAAGGUUAAACAAAUGCAUUUCAAUGAGCAAGAAGCUUCUGAUUGAAAAGAGCACACAAGAAAAACUGGCAAGCAGGGAGAAGAGCAUGCAAGAUCGACUCCGCCUUGGGCAUUUUACAACUGUCCGGCAUGGUGCUUCAUUUACUGAACAGUGGACGGAUGGCUUUGCCUUUCAAAAUCUUGUGAAGCAGCAAGAGUGGGUGAAUCAGCAAAGGGAGGAUAUUGAAAGGCAAAGAAAACUCCUAGCCAAGCGAAAACCUCCAUCUACAAAUAAUUCUCAGGCACCCUCGACCAAUUCUGAACCAAAACAAAGGAAAAACAAAGCUGUCAAUGGAGCAGAAAACGAUCCUUUUGUCAGACCUAAUUUGCCCCAGCUGUUGACUUUAGCCGAAUAUCAUGAACAGGAAGAAAUUUUCAAGCUUAGAUUAGGACAUCUCAAAAAGGAAGAAGCAGAAAUUCAGGCAGAACUUGAGCGUUUGGAAAGAGUCCGAAAUCUUCAUAUAAGGGAACUCAAAAGAAUAAACAAUGAAGAUAAUUCUCAGUUCAAAGAUCAUCCUACGUUAAAUGAGCGAUAUUUGUUACUACAUCUACUUGGUAGAGGUGGCUUUAGUGAAGUAUAUAAGGCUUUUGACCUUUAUGAACAAAGAUAUGCUGCUGUGAAGAUCCAUCAGCUUAAUAAAAGCUGGAGAGAUGAGAAGAAAGAAAAUUACCACAAACAUGCAUGCAGAGAAUAUAGAAUACACAAAGAACUGGACCACCCCAGAAUAGUUAAACUCUAUGACUAUUUCUCUCUGGACACGGAUACGUUUUGUACAGUGUUAGAAUACUGUGAAGGCAAUGACUUGGAUUUCUAUCUGAAACAACAUAAAUUAAUGUCAGAAAAGGAAGCUAGGUCCAUUGUAAUGCAAAUUGUAAAUGCACUAAGAUAUCUCAAUGAGAUCAAACCCCCCAUUAUACAUUAUGAUCUUAAGCCAGGAAACAUCCUUCUUGUAGAUGGCACAGCGUGUGGAGAAAUUAAAAUCACUGAUUUUGGUCUGUCCAAAAUUAUGGAUGAUGAUAGUUAUGGUGUGGAUGGAAUGGACCUUACUUCCCAAGGAGCAGGGACAUACUGGUACUUACCACCCGAAUGUUUUGUAGUUGGUAAAGAGCCACCAAAGAUUUCUAACAAAGUUGAUGUGUGGUCAGUUGGAGUCAUCUUUUUUCAGUGUCUUUAUGGUCGCAAGCCAUUUGGUCAUAACCAAUCUCAACAAGACAUCCUUCAAGAAAAUACCAUAUUAAAAGCCACUGAAGUCCAGUUCCCUGUAAAACCUGUUGUAAGCAAUGAAGCCAAGGCAUUCAUAAGGCGCUGUUUAGCAUAUCGCAAAGAGGAUCGAUUUGAUGUGCACCAGCUGGCUAAUGAUCCUUACCUUCUUCCCCACAUGAGAAGAUCAAAUUCUUCAGGAAACUUACAUAUGGCUGGGCUGGCAGCAUCCCCUACACCACCUACUUCAAGUGUAAUUUCUUAUUGAAAUUUCCCCAAGACUGGCAUGUUAUUUUUGAGUUGUUUUCAGAUGCAGACCUCAGUUUGAGCAUUUGAGUGUUUUUACACAGGACAAGGUUAAAAACUGUUUUCAAACCGAAGUUCUUUGUAGUGUCAUUUGUAUGAGAGUGGAUCAUGGACUAUGAGUGAAUAAAUGUACUCUUCCAACUCUAACCUUAAACAUUGAAGGAUGACUGCCUGUUGCACACACAGGUGUACUGUGUUUGAAGAAAAGUGGGAUUUUUUUGUUGUUUUUGGGGGUGGGGGAAUACUGUAAAUAAUCUUUAUAAUACUUAAAAUACAUUUGGUUGAUACUGGAGAGUUCUAAUUGGAAGGGUAGUUUUUCAUUAUUUAAAAAAAAAAUACACCGAGAAAAUGUCAAACAAAUCCCAACAAACAUAAGAACUACAGUGCCUGGCACCCUCAUCAGCCAUUCGGCAGAUUCUCUGCUGAAACCAAAGUAUGAACUGAAUGACGGUCACAGUUUUGUUUAAUAAUUAUAGAAUGUCAAAAAAGAGAAUCUUUGGGCAAAGUUAGUUUGUAUUUGCCUAGUCAGGCAUUUUCCAAGUUGUACCUCAAACAACAUGCUCCUUUUUUCCCCUCCCAGUGAUUAUAUUUUGACGUGUGAGCUAGUUGUUCGUUCCUUAUCCCUGAUAAUAAGUUGCUUGUUUCGAAACCUGUCAAAUUCUUUAAAUUGUAAUACUAUCUGCAGCAUUUUCCAUGUGUAGUUAUAGACUUAAUAGCAGGAAUUUCAUGAUUUCAUACCAGGCCUUGUAAUUAAGAGCAAGCGAUAGUAUGUAACCAAAUGCAGACCAUUUCUAUGCAGGAUAAUGAUAAAUUCCCUUCUAGCUCUAUUGUAAAUUGGUGUACAGAUGUCAUAUUUUCAGUUAGUCUUAAGUUUCAGCAGCUUAUUCCUGUACAAAUGUUUAAAGUAUGGCUUUUUCUAAUUGGAUAUUGUAUUUUUUUUAUUGUCUCCUUGAAGGCGCUUUUAAUUGCUGCUAAAUGAUGUUGCUUUAACCUUUGCAAAAAAAUUGAAUGACCUCCUCAAGGUGCAAGUUGACUGUACAUCAUAGAGAGAUAUUAAAAAGUAGGUUUCAUUAACAAUCAAGGCAUGUAAAGUGGAUCUGUGUUGAACAUAUACAGUUCUUUAAACCAGUUUCUUGGACUCCUCCCAAGAUGUGGAGCACAUAGAGACUGGAUUUAGAAGUUGUUCAUGUUUGUUCUACAUUUCUGGAAAGUUCCUGUCAGCAAGGUGGGAAAGGUGUUCCUAUAAAGAAAUGUUUCUUGUGGUUUGUACAGGUGUAUUAAAAUGUGAAACAUUUUCCAACUGCCUUGUAUGGUAGAAACUGUUACUUUCAGGAUGCUGUAUUUCUCUCCUGUACAUUAUUCCUUUUUCUGUCAUAUUCAUGAUCCUGAAUCCCUAUAUGUAAGUUUUGUUCCUGUUGCAGAAAAAGGAGGCUAUUACUACCACAGGUUAUCAUUUAAUAUUGUACAGUUAAACUGUGGCUCUUGUUUCUGAUGUUGCAAGCCAUUUUGUUAUUCAUUGUACAUAGGACACAUUAACUGUCUCUUUCAAAUGCUGCUGAGAUUGUAGAGAAUGUAGCCAAAACAGUAAUAAACAAUGACAGUUGAAAUUUAAAA